GUGUGACAGACGUCGAUUUAUAAUAAUGGAGACGCAUUGAAACUAUAUUCUAUAAAGGGAUUAAAGCAGUAAUGACGAUCACAAAAAUGUUGUACUAUUAUAUGAAAUUCGUGUAAUGUCAAACAGAUAUCGUUGCAAGAAGAUCGGUAAGAACAGAACUGUACAAAAAUAUACUGUGGUGAAUUCAUAACAAUGUCGAGUGUGCUCGUGCAACAGUUUGUUCAAAGACUUAAAUCUAGAAAUGAAGAGGCACGUAACAAGGCGGCAAGAGACCUGUGUCUAUAUGUUAAAACAGAGCUGCGCGAAGUAUCGCAAGAAGAAAUUACAGCUUUUAUGGAUGAGUUUAAUCACCACAUAAUUGAAAUGGUAAACGGAUCAGAUGUAAGUGAAAAAAAGGGUGGAAUAUUAGCCAUAGUAUGCCUUAUUGGAGCCGAUGUAGGCAACAUUAACACUCGCACUAUAAGGUUUGCAAAUUACUUAAGAAAUUUAUUACCUUCAAACGAUGUGGGUGUUAUGGAACUAGCUGCUAAAACUGUUGGAAAGUUAGCACUGGUUUCAGGUACUUACACAGCAGAAUAUGUAGAAUUUGAAGUAAAGCGUGCCUUUGAAUGGCUUGGUGGAGAUAGACACGAAGGUAAAAGACAUGCUGCUGUUCUUGUUUUAAGAGAACUUGCUGUGUCCAUGCCAACAUAUUUUUUUCAACAAGUAACUCCAUUCUUUGAACUUAUAUUUAAUGCAAUACGUGAUCCAAAACCUGUGAUAAGGGAAGGUGCUGUAGAAGCAUUACGGGCUGCUUUAGUUGUUACAGCACAGAGGGAGACAGCAAAACAAAUGCAAAAGUCUCAAUGGUACAAACAGUGCUAUGAUGAAAUAGUAGCAGGAUUUGAGGAAGUAUAUACCAGAGAAAGGGGAGUUAAUAGAGAUGAUAGAAUACAUGGUUCAUUAUUAAUAUUAAACGAAUUACUUAGAUGUAGCAAUGUCCAGUGGGAAAGGAAUUAUGAAAAUUUAAUGAAUCGAUUAAAUUGCUCCACGCAACAGAACGAAAAUGACAUACUGUCGUUAAUGCCGCGAUUAAAAACAAUCAUAGUAUCAAAAUGGUCCAACUCUUCUCAAAAUUCUUCUAAUUCUCAUGAAAUAUUACAUCCAACGCACGAGUCUGCAGUUUGCCGUUGUUUGAUGCAAGAAAGAUUGGACGAUAUCUACAACGAUGUAAUGAAUCAGAGAAUGUCUAGGAAUCCGCACAUUCAGCACGCUCUGAUGAUGUUGUUGCCAAGACUGGCAGCGUUCAAUAAAGAAAAAUUCACAAAAGGCCACUUAAGAGAAUCAUUGGCAUAUCUUUUAAUGACAUUACGUAGCAGGGAAAAGGAUAGGUAUGCUGCAUUUACUACGAUUGGAUUUAUAGCAGUCGCGGUAGAGGAUUCGAUAAAUCCCUAUAUUCCGAAAAUUAUGGAAAUGAUUAAAAGUUUAUUACCAUCUAAAGAAACAUCUACCAAGAAACGGAGUACUUCCUUAGAACCUGCAGUUUUCGUUUGUAUAACUCUGCUCGGACACGCGGUGAAACAAGUUAUAACCGCGGAUGUCAGAGAUAUAUUAGAAUCUAUGUUAACGACUGGAUUAAGCCCAAUUCUUACAACUUCUCUUAGAGAAUUGGCUCAUAGUGUCCCGUCGUUGAAACCGGAUAUAUCUCAAGGACUUCUGAGAAUGUUAUCUCAAGUUUUGAUGCAGAAGCCUUUAAGACAUCCCGGCGCACCGUGGACUGCGACGAGUCCAAUUUCUGCUCCACCUGCAGAGGUUGAUAUUCCAUCCACGGUUCUAGCAUUGAAAACUCUUGGAACAUUUAAUUUCGACGGUAAUCCGCUUUUACAAUUUGUGAAGCAGUGCGCAGAUCAUUUCCUUACGUUUGAACAGGCAGAAGUUCGGUUAGAAGCUGUAAGAACAUGUUCAAGAUUAUUACGAUUGGCAUUAAAUCAACCAGGACGUACUGUAACCAAUACGGUCUCCACAGUUCUAGGAAAAUUGGUUGUUGUAGGUAUUACAGAUACAGAUCCUGACGUGAGACUCUGGGUUUUAGCCUCCUUGGAUGAUUCCUUUGAUAUUCAUUUAGCACAAGCGGAAAAUCUUUCUGCAUUAUUCAUUGCGAUGAAUGACGAAAUGUUUGAAAUAAGGGAGUUUGCAAUUCGCACAAUCGGACGACUGAGCACGAUGAAUCCAGCUUACGUUAUGCCUUCUUUGCGUAAAACCCUCAUACAAUUCCUAAUGGAAUUAGAACAUUCGGGUAUGGGUCGUAACAAAGAGCAAGCAGCCCGUAUGUUAGAUCAUUUGGUUGUUAGCGCGCCAAGACUCAUAAGGCCGUACAUGGAACCGAUUUUAAAAGUUCUUGUUCCAAAAUUGAAGGAACAUGAAUCAAACCCUGGCGUGAUUUUAGCUAUACUGCGCGCUAUUGGUGAUCUAGCAGAAGUAAAUGGUGCCGAAAUGCAACAAUGGAUGCCUGAACUUUUAUCUAUAUUGCUCGAGAUGCUAGUAGAUGCUAGUUCUCCAGAGAAAAGGGGAGUUGCUUUGUGGGUCCUCGGUCAACUAGUCGGAAGUACGGGACACGUUGUAAAGCCAUACAUGCAAUAUCCUUCGUUAUUGGAUGUGUUGAUAAACUUUUUAAAGACCGAACAACAACCUGUUAUCAGGAGGGAAACUAUAAGAGUGCUUGGAUUGUUAGGUGCUUUAGACCCAUACAAACAUAAGAUGAAUCUUGGUCAAAUAGAUUCUCAAUUGGAUACUCUUACAUCUAUGGCCGACACUAAAAGCGAUACUGAAAAUACCCAAGACUUAACGACCAGUGAAAUGUUAGUGAACAUGUCUUCGUCCACUUUAGAAGAAUAUUAUCCGGCGAUCGCCAUAGCAACACUUAUGAGAAUCAUUCGCGACCCAACAUUAUCGCAACACCAUACUAUGGUAGUUCAGGCAGUAACUUUUAUAUUUAAAAGUUUAGGAAUUAAAUGCGUGCCAUACAUUUCUCAAGUGAUGCCAAGUUUCCUCAACGUAGUGCGUAUGGCUGAUGUUAAUUUUCGCGAGUAUCUGUUCCAACAACUGGCUAUUCUUAUCGCCAUUGUGAAACAGCAUAUUAGAAAUUAUUUGGACGAUAUAUUCAAUCUGAUCAAAGAAUUCUGGACCGUGAACAGUCCGUUACAAAGUACGCUAAUACAUUUAGUCGAACAUAUUGCGGUUGCAUUGGGCGCGGAGUUUAAGAUUUAUUUACCGCAGGUAAUGCCACAAAUAUUAAGAGUUUUAACACAUGACACGAGCAAAGAUAGAUCGGUGACAGUGAAACUUCUUGAAGCGCUCCAGAAAUUUGGGAAUAAUUUAGACAAUUAUCUUCAUCUGGUGUUGCCACCGAUCGUAAAAUUAUUUCAUACUACCGAUUGUCCGUUAACAGUGAACAGAGUGGCUCUAGAAACUGUUGAUCAUUUGGCAGAUACACUGGACUUCACAGACUUUGCAUCCAGAAUUGUACAUCCUUUGGUACGAACCUUAGAUCAAUGUCCAGAGUUACGUAGUACGGCAAUGGAUACAUUGUGCGCGCUAGUAAUUCAACUGGGGAAAAAAUAUCAAAUCUUUAUUUCACUGGUACAGAAAGUUAUGACGAAACAUAAAAUUGUUAAUGCGCGAUACGACGUUCUAAUCGAUAAAAUUUUAACAGAAACUACCGUGGCUGAUGGCGAAGACUUUUUAUUAAUGAGACACCGGCAUUCGAGAAAUAGGAAUCGUGACACGUCUGUAGGACCGUCGGACACGACUACGAUAAAAAGAUUACACGUGUCUGCUUCGAAUCUACAAAAAGCUUGGACAGCGACAAGAAGAGUUUCGAAAGACGAUUGGCUGGAAUGGCUAAGAAGUUUAUCGAUCGGUUUACUCAAAGAAUCACCGUCGCCUGCGUUAAGAUCUUGCUGGGCCCUUGCACAGACCUAUUCCCAGUUACCUAGAGAUUUAUUUAAUGCAGCGUUUGUUUCUUGCUGGACCGAACUGGACGAUACAUAUAAAGCAGAACUUAUACAAACUCUACAGCAAGCACUAAUGGUUCCAGACCUUCCAGAGAUAACGCAAACGAUUUUAAACCUAGCAGAGUUUAUGGAACAUUGCGAUAAAGGGCCGUUACCGUUGGACAAUAAGAUUUUAGGUGAACGAGCAAUGCACUGUAGAGCUUACGCGAAAGCUCUACAUUACAAAGAGGAUGAAUUUCAUAAAAGCAGAAACAGUAACGUUUUCGAAUCUUUGAUUUCUAUCAAUAAUAAACUUCAACAAAAGGAAGCUGCCGAGGGUCUGUUGGAGUACGUUAUGAAUCAGAAUAAUCAACAAGAUCUAAAAGUGCAAGUUCGUUGGUACGAGAAACUGCAUAAUUGGGACAAGGCGUUACAAUUGUACAGAGAAAGAUUGGAAGGCGAUCCUGAGGAUGUGGAAUCGACUUUGGGCGAAAUGCGAUGUUUGGAAGCGCUCGGAGAAUGGGGACAGUUACAUGACGUUGCUACCAAACAAUGGUCAGAUCAUAGCGACGAAACCAAGCAAAGGAUGUCUAGAAUGGCAGCGGCUGCAGCAUGGGGUUUAAGUCAAUGGGAGAGCAUGGAAAAAUAUGUCUCGUUGAUACCGAAAGAUAGCCAGGACGGUGCCUUUUAUCGAGCCGUUUUGGCAAUCCACGAUGAACAGUACACCGUUGCUCACGAGCUCAUCGACAGCGCUAGAGAUUUAUUAGACACGGAAUUAACUGCUAUGGCGGGUGAAAGUUAUCAAAGAGCUUACAACGCCAUGGUAGAGGUUCAAAAGUUAGCAGAAUUGGAAGAAGUGAUACAAUUUAAGCUGGUCCCGGAAAGAAGAUCUACUAUCAAGUCUAUGUGGUGGGAGAGGCUUCAAGGUGGGCAAAGAAUAGUCGAAGACUGGCAAAAAAUUAUACAGGUCCAUACGUUGGUAGUUUCGCCUCAGGACGACAUGUAUACGUGGUUAAAGUAUGCGAGUCUUUGUAGAAAGAGUGGCAGCUUAAUGUUGUGUCACAAAACAUUAGUUAUGCUACUCGGAUCCGAUCCAUUGCUGACUCCUGAUCAGCCCUUAUCAACGACCCAUCCUCAAGUAACGUUUGCUUAUUGCAAACAUAUGUGGGUUGCUAAUAAACGUGAAGAGGCAUAUAGUCAACUCCAAAAAUUUGUACAAAUGUCUCUACAACCGACUACCGUGUCAGCGAUAAAUCAGGAGGACGAGAAACAACAAGAAGCAAGAAAAAGACUACUGGCCAGAUGUUAUCUGAAGCUUGGGGAAUGGUUAGAAGCCCUACAGGGCAUAAACGAACACUCUAUACCAGCAGUUUUAUCUUAUUAUGCUGCGGCUACGGAACACGAUCCAACUUGGUAUAAAGCGUGGCACGCCUUCGCGUACACUAAUUUCGAAACUGUUUUAUUUUACAAGCACCAACAGGGCGAUUCAAACGCCGAAUCUACUCCGGGAAAUGGAACGCGCAGUAAUCUCUCUAGUUCGCAGUAUAUAUCAAAAUUCACCGUACCAGCGGUAGAAGGAUUUUUCAGGUCCAUUAAUCUCUCUCACGGUAAUUCGUUACAAGAUACUCUUCGGUUACUGACAUUAUGGUUCGAUUACGGUCAAUGGCCAGAAGUAUACGAAGCCAUCGUCGAAGGCAUCCGAUUAAUCGAGAUCAAUACCUGGCUACAAGUGAUUCCACAACUUAUAGCAAGGAUAGAUACGCCUAGGGCUCUGGUCGGCCGAUGUAUACAUCAUCUUUUAAUAGAUAUUGGUAAAACGCAUCCACAGGCUUUAGUUUACCCCUUGACUGUGGCGUCGAAAAGUGCCAGCCAUGCUAGAAAAACAGCCGCGAAUAAAAUUCUUAAGAGCAUGUGCGAACAUAGCCCGACGUUGGUGCAACAAGCAAUGAUGGCUAGCGACGAAUUGAUCAGAGUUGCGAUCCUUUGGCACGAACUCUGGCACGAAGGACUGGAAGAAGCCAGUAGAUUAUACUUUGGAGAAAGAAACGUGCAAGGAAUGUUUGAUACGUUGGAACCUCUACAUGCAAUGCUGGAAAGAGGUCCGCAAACUUUAAAAGAAACAUCCUUCAAUCAAGCUUACGGCAGAGAUUUAAUGGAAGCGCAAGAAUGGUGUCACAGAUACAAAGCGUCGUGUAACGUUCGUGAUUUAAACCAAGCCUGGGAUUUAUAUUACCAUGUCUUCAGGAGGAUAUCACGACAAUUGCCACAGUUAACUAGUUUAGAGCUUCAGUAUGUUAGUCCAAAGUUGCUUCUUUGCAGGGAUUUAGAACUAGCUGUACCGGGAAGUUACAGUCCUGGACAGUCAAUAGUCAGAAUAGCGAGUAUACAUAGCUCUAUGCAAGUAAUAACAAGCAAACAGCGACCACGAAAAUUGUGUAUAAAAGGUAGCAACGGUAAAGAUUAUAUGUUUCUCUUGAAAGGGCAUGAAGAUCUCAGGCAAGAUGAACGUGUAAUGCAAUUAUUUGGACUUGUCAACACCCUCCUAUUGCACGAUCCAGACACAUUCAGAAGAAAUCUUACUAUUCAAAGAUACGCCGUAAUUCCAUUGUCUACGAACAGUGGAUUGAUCGGUUGGGUACCACAUUGCGAUACAUUGCACACGUUAAUCAGAGAUUACAGAGAAAAAAAAAAAAUAUUACUUAACAUAGAACAUAAAAUUAUGUUACGGAUGGCACCAGGUUACGACCACCUUAUGCUUAUGCAAAAGGUUGAAGUAUUCGAACACGCUCUCGAGCAUACGCACGGUGACGAUUUGUCGCGACUUCUUUGGCUAAAAUCGCCAUCGAGCGAGGUAUGGUUCGAUCGUAGAACGAAUUAUACACGAUCUCUUGCCGUAAUGUCUAUGGUCGGAUACAUUCUUGGUCUUGGGGAUCGACAUCCAUCGAAUUUGAUGUUGGAUCGUUUAAGCGGAAAAAUAUUACACAUUGACUUCGGAGACUGCUUUGAAGUGGCUAUGACUCGUGAGAAAUUUCCAGAAAAGAUACCGUUUCGAUUGACACGAAUGUUGAUUAACGCAAUGGAAGUGACGGGAAUUGAAGGCACGUACAGAAGAACUUGCGAGUCAGUAAUGUCAGUGUUACAUCGUAACAAAGACAGCUUAAUGGCGGUGUUGGAAGCAUUCGUCUAUGAUCCCCUUUUAAAUUGGAGAUUAAUGGAUAAUGCUACGCCGAAAAGUAAAAGGUCCGAUGCUCAAAGUAUGAGUGCUAGUAGCAAUCAAGAGCAUAGCGACACAUUAGAUUCUCUUACCGCUACAUUACCAAAGAAAGGAGUACCGUGUAGCGUCGAGAAUGGAGGCGACACUAAUCAACCAGAAGCAUUGAACAAGAAAGCUCUUGCUAUCAUAACAAGAGUAAGGGACAAAUUAACAGGACGUGACUUCUCUCACGAAGAGACAUUAAGCGUCCAACGCCAAGUUGACCUUUUAAUCCAGCAAGCUACCAAUAAUGAGAAUUUAUGCCAAUGUUAUAUUGGAUGGUGUCCCUUCUGGUAAAUCUAAGUUUUCCAUUUAGGAGAUCUUGGAUGUGUAUGUACCAUAUGCAGUUUCGUUUCUGUUUUUUGCCUUUUUAUUGCUAAAAAAUAAUUACACCCAAUAUUACAAUAUUUGAGCAUGU